AUGAAAGCUACAAUUCUCAUCGCGGCACUGGUUGCCGUGGCUCUCGCCUCCGACGAUGAGGAAUCCUUGGUCGGCUGCCCGACCUUAUCGCGUGUUCUGGCCAUGGCAGAGUCUCCUGAUAUUAUUCAGCCUUUGCUUGAACGAUCGAUGAACAAGCCACAUCAAUUAAAUUGCCAAAUGUACUUAGAAUGCGGUACAGAACGUGAUGGUCAUUUGAGACCGGCACUUCGAAUUUGCGAAGACGGAUAUUUGUUCGACGCAAACACUACAGAAUGCGUGGAGUCGGAGAAGGCAGAAUGUGGGCCACGUUUAGAUGUUUUUGAGGUUAUGAAUGUACCUCACAAAGACUCGCACUGCCCUGAAGGCACAAAUACGACAAUAUUUCUACCACAUGAAUCGAAAUGUGCAAAAUUCUAUGCAUGCAGCAACGGCGAAGCUGUUCUAUUUGAAUGUCCGACUGGCCUACAUUUCAAUGCGGAACUCCAGACUUGUGACUGGCCAUGGAGAAACAAAUGCAGAUUGUGUGGCGGCAUGCGCAACUGA